AUGAAGGUAAGUCUGUAAAUGAUUCCUGCUUCAUAUAUGUCAUAAGGUCUGAAAUUUAACCGCACAAAGGUUCAUACAGCAGGGUUGAAACGUUCUUUUGGUUUGAAAAUUUAGGUUGCGGUAUUACUUAUCGUGCGGCAUAAUCUCACGAUGUUUCAGUUAGGCUAGAAUGACGCCUUUUGAACGGACUUCUUCUCAGUCGCCUGCGAAAGCUCUACUCUAUAAGAAAUGAGUACUUGAAUAGUAUAAUUUCUUCGAGCGAUUUCCACGCCUUGAUAAAUUCAAAUAUGCCUUAGUGAAAACGUGCAUAAAGCCUUAUUUUAAGUACUCAUUUGGUAACACAUUACGUCUACUUUAAAUCUUAUUCUUGAAGAAAAGGUAUUUUUCGACUUAAAAAACUUUUCAAUUCCUGAAUAGUUCCGCAACCGAUCUGGUGUUUAACUUAAAUCUACGAUUUUCAACUUACGAGUCGUAUAAUUUUCCUGCGAAGAAAAAGACAUAUAUAUAUAUAUAUGUUAUCGAGAAGAUGUCACGUAGGUCUCAUAAACCUUGCAAUGGAUAUGGUCCACUUGAUAUGAUUAAUAAGCAGCAUUACUAAAUAUACAGAUAUAAUGUUUUAUGAAUGGGCAUUUUGCGAUCUUAAACAAUUUCACAAUAAGAGCCUUCUUAAAACCAUAAGGUGCUUUUUCUGUAAACAGCAAAUUAAAGAGGACUUGAUUUGCUGCUAAAUAAGUAUAUGGAAUAGUGUUUGUGCUUCUUUUCUAAAAAGUAUUUUUUUAACCUUAUAAGUCCAUCGAAAAUCUACGGGAAAAAUCAUACCCUUCAAAUAGCCAUUUUCAGGUGGUUGAAAAUAAGCUCAUUCGAAAACCGGCAUCUGAUUAUGCUGCCUUUGAAUUAAAAUUCAUUUGAGAAUUUUGAUCAGCUUCUCAUGAGCUUACCUAUCUACUGUAACUUUGCUUCAUUAUACCACCCACGGGCAAUCCCAAAAGGGUUUCGAUUAGUCAGACCGAAAAGAGAGAGCUUAAUCGGUGUAAAUAUGUUGAUGCACAAUUAUCUCCUUCCACAUUCUUCCUGGAAAAGGAUAGAACUUACAUUCAGAACACGCUACCCGUAUAGCUCCCAGAAGCAGGAACAUAAGGAGAUAUUAACUCUACUUUUUAAGAUAUAGGAUGACCAUUUCUCUUUAUUUUGCAGCAAGUUACGUCACAAAAUGCCUACCGAAGCCUCUAGUUAAAAAACAACGGUUAAAAGAAUAAUAAGCGGAUAUCGCAUUUUAGGAUCUUCCAAUUUAGAAACUUUCGUGGAAAAAAGGCGAAAGGUUUAUACUUCAGUGCCCUCCAUUCACUUCGUAGUUCCAAAUUUAGUUUGUGUUUUGUCCUACAAUUUGCACACUUUUUAAAGAACAUGAUUGCUAUAUUCUUUGGUUGUAGACUUUAUGAUGUUACUAAAUAAAAGCUGAAUCACACUUACUAGUGAAGUUAAAUACCUUAAAUUUAUUUCAUGCAGACAACAAUUCUUCUCCUGCUAUGCCUCACUGCUUCGCUGGGAUGGGCACAGAGUGCGUUUCUCCAUUCAUUUUCAUUGUUAUUGCGCUCUUUUGUUAUCGGAUUCUUUUUUAUCUGCCUGGCAACUUUCAAUUUCCCAAUUGGGAGGGAGAGAGAGCGUCUUUUGGAGGUGAAAUUUAACAAAACGCACAUAUUUUCCACAGCAUGAAUGAUUCCCAUUUUCAGUUUGCGCUCACGUCCAGUAAAAAUGAUUAAAAUUCAUUACACAAUUUAAGGAUAGAAAAAAAAUAGGACAUAAUCCUUGAAAAAUGGAUGAAGUCUUAGAACUAUAUUUGUUUUUUCAUCCUGAAUUUUUCGCCAAAAGGGCAGUUUUCUGUCAGUGUGAGCAUGUUGGACUGCUCAGCGGGAGGUUUAGUUGCUCGAAAUUGUCAUUAGAGGUCGAAAAGACAGUCAUUUACACGAUGACCUUUAUUUACUCACGAUUCCCUCGAUGUCGUCAACUGUCAAAGGUUGCUCCUUCGUGGAACCAGCUGGCGCAUUUCUCUAGCUGAAAAGUGUGUCCAACAAGGUGUUAUCCCUAGAAACGUUUCAUCAGCGGACGGCAAGUCAAGCCCGGAUCGCUCAGAUAGCUGUAUGCAGGUUUUACACUUCGGCGCAUAGAUAAACAAAUCCUUUCAGGGGGGGGGCUUGCUUAAUCUGAGGACGAACCUAAAGUAGAAACUUUUGUUUUUUAACUUCCUCAGAAAUUAACUGAUACCUUGGAGCGGAUCAGUUUAAACCAAAGUCUAUAGGAGUUAGCAGUUAAUUUCUGAGGAAAUUAAAAGCGGCAAUUUCUAAACUGGAGUAUCUAUCAGAAAGUCCACGGGGGCCCACUGAUGAGACGAACCCAUUGCAGUCAUGCAGUCAGCAGAAUAUGAAGGAAACGCGUGUCUGGGCUUUUAGCUAGUACGUGUGCUGUUAGUAUGGUAUCCUGCAGGUUAAAGUGCAAAGCUAGUUCUCUAGCAAGUCCACCAGCGGGGCACAUGAAAAAAUACGUCGAGUGAAUAGGACGUGGCUAUAAAUAUCCCCCGCGUUACAGUCGGUCUUGUUAGAGUUAAUGUUAGGAGAGUUUGGGUUGAGAUUUGGAGGGAAAACGUUGAGGUUAGGUCCGGCGUCAUGGUCUUAAUUAUAACAGGAAAAUAGGCAGCGCUCUUUGAACUUAUCGGUUGUAGCAUGAGGGGCAUCUACAUCCGUGUCCAACCCCUUGAGUGUUCGCAUGUAUGAGUAGGAGCUUGAAAAUAACAUUCAUGUCGACCUCCUAGCCCCGAGUUUCCACGUGCACACUUAUGAUUCGUGUAAGUUUCUUGCAGAUCGGUGCAUCGAGCCCCACGAAAAGGCAGUGUACUCUCCUCCAAAGUGGCGAAUAUGCAACUUAUCAUAGUCUCUGCCAUGUAGCUACCUGGCGUAAACUGACACGAUUUACGUAGACAUAUUCGAAACACAAAAUAAUUAUGAAGGCGAAAUGGUGUGAUUAAGGUAGAUGUGCGAGUAUCAUUAAAUACUUUGUUAGCCAAUAUAUACAUAUAUAUAUUACGCCUGUGAAGCAGGAGGAUAAAACAGACAAAUUUGCUUCAGGGUGGCAGCGGACAUCGGGACAGCGAUCCAGUCACACAGUCAUCUGGGGCGGUCCGGCCUCGUAUCCGGGAUAUAAGGGUCAGAGUCAAAGCAGCCGAGUGUCGCAGUAUCGUCCACCCAGACCAGCCAACCCCCCAAGACUGCAGAGCCAGUCCAGUUAUGAGCGCAGAUCCUAUGAACCCGCGCCGAGACGAGUGCAGUACGUUCCCCUACGCAGUCGACGAGCCAAGGAUCCCCGCUACCGUGAGGGACUGCAGGAUCUGGCUGGAUUAAUGUGA